GAUCUCUGGCGCCCUCACUGCUAGGGGGUAGAAACUAAAGUUUUCGGACUCACUGAAUCAUUAGAUAACCUUGGAAACAGCAACCACAUCCUAUUUUACACUUUCCCUCUCCCACAACAAUGUGUCAUAAUCGCAGUCACCUGUGCACAAUGAACUCUCCACGAAUUAAAAUCAGAUAUCUCCAGAAAUGCUGAAACACUGAUUCAUCAUCAAAAUUAUGUGGGAUUUACUCACUUGAAGAAUGGGUCCAAUAAUCCUGCACCUCUUUCAACUGUUGUUCAUCACUCAUCUGUCAAAUGGUCUCCACAGAAAUCUGAAAUACUACGAGACCCUGCACUCGUCACACCUUCACCACAGAAUAGUAAAACGUGGAGCUACGACGAGCAGUCAUCCCUACAACAAGAUAAACGAGGUGGAAUUCUACGCACAUGGCCGUCACUUUCGCCUGAUUCUGACACCACGACGUGAGGUAAUCCACUCGAAUUUUAAGGCUUAUGAGGUGACAGCAGAUGGAGAGGAGAAGACAAUUCACCUGGACCACGACAGUUUCUACCACGGACGAGUAUUCGGGGAAUUGGAUUCCCACGCACAACUGCACAUCGACGAUGGAGUGAUGACUGGCAGCAUCAGGAUAGAUGACCAGACAUACCACAUCGAACCCUCCUGGAGGCACCUUCCACACCUAGACAACAGCAGCAUGAUAAUGUACAAAGCCUCAGACGUCAAGCUGAGUUGGGAACACGUGGACAAAGAUGGCGAGGGUCACACCCAUGGAGUUCCAAAGACCUGUGGAUAUGUGCAGGAAGGAAAAGAGCCUCCGGAGGAUGACGAACAAGUUUUUACCAACAUAACGUCGUCGAGGAAAAAACGCCAAGCUGAAACGUACGAGUACACACCCACCAAGACACGGUGUCCUCUGCUGCUCGUUGCUGACUACAGGUUCUACCAGGAGAUGGGAGCCAGCAGCACCAAGACAACCAUAAAUUAUCUGAUCAGUCUCAUCGACAGGGUGCAUAAGAUUUAUAAUGAUACACUCUGGCAAGACCGUAUGGAGCAGGAUGGCUUCAAGGGAAUGGGAUUUGUUAUAAAAAAAAUUGUUGUUCACAGCGAACCGACACGAGUUCGGGGAGGCGAUACUCAUUACAAUAUGGUGCGAGAAAAAUGGGACGUGAGAACUCUCCUGGAGGUAUUCAGCAGGGAGUAUAGUCACAAGGACUUUUGCCUGGCCCACCUAUUCACAGAUCUGAAAUUCGAGGGUGGAAUUCUGGGUCUUGCGUACGUCGGUUCCCCCCGUCGUAACAGUGUCGGUGGUAUCUGCACCCCGGAGUACUUCAAAAAUGGGUACACAUUGUACCUGAAUUCGGGGCUGAGUUCAAGUAGAAAUCAUUACGGUCAGAGGGUGAUAACGCGAGAAGCAGACCUAGUGACAGCUCACGAAUUCGGCCAUAAUUGGGGCUCUGAGCACGAUCCAGACGUGUCAGAGUGCAGUCCAAGUGCCUCUCAGGGUGGAUCUUAUCUCAUGUACACGUACAGCGUCAGUGGUUACGACGUUAACAACAAGAGAUUCUCCCCCUGCAGUUUGAGAUCCAUAAAAAAGGUGCUGCAGGCAAAAUCGGGGAGGUGUUUCUCAGAGCCGGAGGAGUCAUUCUGCGGUAAUCUGAGGGUCGAGGGUGAUGAGGAGUGUGAUGCAGGACUCCUGGGGACUGAGGACAAUGACGCCUGCUGCGACAAGAAUUGUAAAUUGAGGAGAAAUCAAGGAGCUGUCUGCAGUGAUAAGAACUCACCGUGCUGUCAGAACUGCGCCUUCAUGAGGCUUGGCAUGAAGUGCAGGGAUGCUCAGUACGCAACCUGUGAGCAGGAGUCAAGGUGCACUGGUGCAUCCAGCGAGUGUCCAAAGUCACCACCAAUGAAGAAUGGAACUGCUUGUUUGGAGAGGGGACAGUGCAGAUUAGGGAAAUGUGUUCCUUACUGUGAGACCCAGGGGCUCCAGAGCUGCAUGUGCGAUACCAUUGGUGAUGCAUGCAAAAGGUGCUGCAGAAUGAGUCUCAAUGAGACGUGCUUUCCUAUUGAUCCACCUGAUAUUCUACCUGAUGGCACACCCUGCAUUCAGGGAUUCUGCAAUAAGGGAAUUUGUGAGAAAACCAUUCAAGACGUCGUCGAGAGGUUCUGGGAUAUCAUUGAGGAUAUUAAUAUUAAUAAAGUCAUCAGAUUCCUCAAGGAUAAUAUCGUUGGGGCUGUUAUCAUCUGCACUGCUAUUGUCUGGAUACCUGCUAGCUGCAUCGUUAGUUAUAUUGAUAGCAGGAGAAUCAAGGAUAAUGAGAAAAAAUGGCGGUGGAAAAACACUGAUGCACUCAUUCAUCCUGAUGAUAAGAGGAGGGUCAUUCAGGUUGGCGUACCAUUCAGCGGAAAUUUGGAGCAGGGGGAGAUGGGAGGGUAAGAAUCCUGGGGAGAGUGGACUGUUCAGUAGCGAUGGUAAUCGAAGAAUCUGAGAGCAAUAUUGGAGAUUAAAAUUUUGGUAUCUUGGAUUCAGAGGUAUUCCGCAAAAAUUCAUCUAUUGGCUUCAUUGAAUUGCUACUUUUGAUGUUUCAUACGGAGUCUUAGUGGAAAUGAUACCAGUGGAACGGGAUUUACUUAUUUAUGGGUUCUAGUCAGUAUUCGAUGCAUGCCACUGCAUCAUGUGUUCAUGUUUCGUUUGGAUAAAUGGUUUUUAUAAUUUUUCAGAUUUAAGGGAUAAUAAAGAUAAUAUAAGUGA